CCCCCCGUGGUGUGGUGUGAGUGGUACGCUCCUCCCCGGGGUUCCGCACAGUCUCCCCUCUCCCCUCAGUCCCAUGGUCGGCGCGGCUGCUGUCACCUCGGGCCCCUGCAUGUUGCGCCCCUGGGGCCCCCGCACGGAUGUGAGCGCCGUACCGCACCGAGGUUGGGAUGGCUGUGUGCGGGAUAAUCGUGUGCCUGAUGCUGCCCCUGGUCCGGGCUGUGGAAGAAACGUUAAUGGAUUCGACGACUGCGACCGCAGAGCUCGGAUGGACCGUGCACCCGCCAUCGGGGUGGGAAGAGGUGAGUGGCUAUGAUGAGAACAUGAACACCAUCCGGACGUACCAGGUAUGCAACGUCUUUGAGUCCAAUCAGAACAACUGGCUGAGAACAAAGUACAUCCGGCGGCGGGGAGCGCACAGGAUCCAUGUGGAGAUGAAGUUCUCUGUCCGGGACUGUAGCAGCAUUCCCAAUGUCCCGGGCUCCUGUAAAGAGACCUUUAACCUUUAUUAUUACGAAUCGGAUAGUGACUCUGCCACUAAAACCUUCCCUCUCUGGAUGGAGACCCCUUGGGCCAAGGUGGACACCAUAGCCGCCGAUGAGAGCUUCUCCCAGGUGGAUCUCGGGGGACGUGUGAUGAAGAUUAACACAGAGGUUCGAAGCUUUGGUCCGGUUUCCAAAAAUGGUUUUUACCUGGCGUUCCAGGAUUACGGUGGCUGCAUGUCUCUUAUUGCUGUCCGAGUUUUCUACCGGAAGUGUCCGCGAAUCAUUCAGAAUGGAGCGAUAUUUCAGGAAACCUUGUCCGGAGCGGAGAGCACCUCUUUGGUGGCAGCUCGAGGGAGUUGUAUAGCCAACGCAGAGGAGGUAGAUGUGCCAAUCAAACUGUACUGUAAUGGAGAUGGAGAAUGGCUGGUGCCCAUCGGCCGCUGUAUGUGUAAAGCCGGGUACGAGUCUGUGGAGAAUGGAACCGUGUGCAGAGGAUGUUCUUCAGGAAUGUUCAAACCCAACCAAGGAGAUGAGAGCUGCAUGCACUGUCCCUUUAACAGCCGGACCACCUCCGAAGGCGCCACUAACUGUGUGUGUCGGACAGGCUACUACAGGGCUGACUCGGACCCUCUACAGAUGCCUUGCACUACCACACCGUCUGCUCCCCAAAACGUCAUCUCCAGCGUCAACGAGACCUCUCUCAUGUUGGAGUGGUUUUCACCUAGGGACUCAGGAGGCCGCGAGGAUCUUGUAUACAACAUUAUCUGUAAGAGCUGCGGGUCGGGUCGAGGAGCUUGUACACGCUGCGGAGACAAUGUCCAAUUUGCCCCCCGCCAGCUGGGCCUUACAGAACCUCGCGUUUACAUCAGCGAACUGCUGGCGCACACACAGUACACGUUCGAGAUCCAGGCUGUGAACGGAGUCACCGACCAGAGCCCUUACUCUCCACAGUUCGCAUCUGUCAAUAUCACCACUAACCAGGCAGCUCCGUCCAGCGUCUCCAUCAUGCACCAAGUGAGCCGCGCGGUGGACAGCAUCACACUCUCGUGGUCCCAGCCGGACCAGCCCAAUGGGGUCAUUCUGGACUAUGAGCUGCUGUACUACGAAAAGGAUCUGACGGAACACAAUUCAUCGGUGGUGAAGAGUUCGACCAACACUGUGGUUGUGUCUGGCCUGAAGGCAGGCACCAUAUACGUCUUUCAGGUGAGAGCGAGAACGGUGGCUGGAUAUGGCAGAUACAGCGGCAAAAUGUAUUUCCAGACUAUGACAGAAGCUGAAUAUCGGAGCAGCUUCCAGGAAAAGCUCCCGUUGAUUAUAGGCUCCUCGGCGGCUGGUCUGGUCUUCCUUAUCGCUCUGGUUGUCAUCAUCAUUGUCUGCAAUAGAAGACGAGGAUUUGAAAGAGCAGACUCUGAAUACACAGACAAACUGCAGCAUUAUACCAGUGGCCACAUGACACCAGGAAUGAAAAUUUACAUAGAUCCUUUUACAUAUGAGGAUCCCAAUGAGGCCGUUCGUGAAUUUGCCAAAGAAAUUGAAAUUUCCUGUGUGAAAAUUGAGCAGGUUAUUGGAGCAGGGGAGUUUGGUGAAGUUUGCAGUGGACACCUGAAGCUUCCAGGAAAAAGAGAGGUUUUUGUGGCCAUCAAAACUUUAAAAUCAGGGUACACGGAGAAGCAGAGGAGAGACUUUCUUAGUGAGGCCAGCAUCAUGGGCCAGUUUGAUCACCCCAAUGUCAUCCAUCUGGAAGGAGUGGUUACCAAGAGCUCACCAGUCAUGAUCAUUACAGAGUUCAUGGAAAAUGGAUCCCUGGACUCCUUCCUCCGGCAAAAUGAUGGGCAGUUCACAGUCAUUCAGCUGGUGGGCAUGCUGAGGGGCAUUGCUGCUGGUAUGAAGUACUUGGCCGAUAUGAAUUACGUCCAUCGGGACUUAGCUGCUCGUAACAUCCUGGUGAACAGUAACCUGGUGUGUAAAGUCUCUGACUUCGGCUUGUCUCGCUUCCUGGAGGAUGACACAUCAGACCCGACAUACACUAGCGCCCUGGGAGGAAAGAUUCCCAUCCGGUGGACAGCCCCUGAAGCCAUCCAGUAUAGAAAGUUUACAUCCGCCAGUGACGUCUGGAGUUACGGCAUCGUCAUGUGGGAAGUGAUGUCUUAUGGGGAGAGACCUUAUUGGGACAUGACAAACCAAGAUGUCAUUAACGCCAUUGAACAGGAUUACCGCCUUCCACCACCCAUGGAUUGCCCAAAUGCACUCCACCAACUAAUGCUGGACUGUUGGCAGAAGGACAGAAACCACCGGCCUAAAUUCGGCCAGAUAGUCAACACCUUGGACAAGAUGAUUCGUAACCCCAACAGUCUGAAGGCCGUAGCACCUCUAUCGUCUGGAGUGACUCUCCCGCUCCUGGACCGUACAGUCCCUGAUUACACUAGCUUCAACACAGUGGACGAGUGGUUGGACGCCAUCAAGAUGGGUCAAUACAAGGAGAGUUUUGCCAAUGCCGGAUUCACAACCUUUGAUGUCGUCUCACAAAUGAUCAUGGAAGACAUCCUACGGGUCGGGGUAACUUUGGCCGGUCACCAGAAGAAAAUCCUCAACAGCAUUCAGGUGAUGCGAGCGCAGAUGAACCAGAUCCAGUCAGUAGAAGUCUGAUCGAAUGGCGAGUGCUUCCUCAUCCUCACACUUCCUAAUGUACUUGGGUUUCGAGCCUUCCCCUCUCUCCCAACCCCACCUUGGUACAAUGAAGUUUCGCGAAUGCACCUGAUACGGACAGGACCGUCUGUUGUCACCAGAAGCCACCCUGAUGGUUUCACCCUGAGAGCAGAGCUUCCCUGGGAAAAGUGGGGGAUCACGCUUUGGGGGUGAUGGGAAGAAUAUUUUUGGAAUAUUAGAUCUGGAUUUGUACAAAUAAUAAUUUUACAGUAAGUCAUAAAAAAGGGCUUAAAGAAUUAUAGACCAAUGGACGGUGAGGAAUGUUUCCUGCACAACAAGAAGCAACGGUCCUGACCAAGAGUGCAGCACGUGGAUAACCUCACGCCAUUCCUCCAGGGACCGACCUGAGAGACGAGAAGAAUUUAUUUCCAUUAAAUGGACCCGCUCCAUCUAAGAAUAUAUAAUUCUACAUCUUGGAGAUGUUACAAGAAUUACCUAAAAACAACGGCUUUUUCCAUGGAAAGGAAGAUGCCGCUAAGACUUGUAGUGUUUGUAAUAAAAGACAACUCCUUUCUGCCGAGCCUGAAACAGUUUUGUGAGUUCUACGUUUUUUGCAAUCCCCCCUUUCCCCCACAUUCCAAGUCCCGAGCGCACCUCAAGUGACAUUUGAUCCAUAUCAUGUGCACAAACCUCAGUGAUGAUGUCAUCACUAAUUGCCAACCCCCUCUUUUUCUCAGAAGACUUUCCCAGUACGGUCCGUAUUAGACUUAAUGACAAAACUCUGAAGUGUAAAAAAAAAAUAUCACGCUUUGUCGUCAGUGUUGUCGUCGUUUGGAAAUCUGUUUCUUUGUUUACAGAAAUGACUUUUUUUACAUUGUUUUUUGGAUAUCGGUACUCAGAAAGAUUGAAAUUGCUUAAAAAAGAACUUGAAAAAAAAAUCACAAAAAAAAACUGGACAAUAACCCUCUGCACAUCAAUCGUCUCACUUGUGAUUGGCUGAUGGACUGAACAUGGCCGCCCUCACAGAGUACUUCAUUUCCGCAUCAUUCACCUUUGUGUGUAGCUUAUUAUAUAAGCUUUUCUGAUGUGCAGUGGCUCUGACCGGCGAGGAACUGAAGACUAAAUUAACCCCAUGGGUAUGAGUGUAGCACAGCCAAUGACUUCAGCCUAGUCUAGGAUUGGUUCUUCAGGAGACUCUGAUCUCAGGUCACCUAUGCCUGCAGGAUGUUCCUCACCACAGUCUAGAACCUUUGUGUCCAUUCUUUCUGCUCCUGCCUGGGGUUAUGGGCAGGAUUAUGGCGUAGCAUGCAGUGAGAAGUGAAUGCUUAUUUCCCAGAGGAGACCUCUCCUUACUACUAGGAGGAGUGUCCUGCUUGUCUUUAGAGACAAGAGGGCUGACCUGUGCCACCAUUCUUAACCUGACGUACAGUGGAUCAUGGCGGCACUGGUCCAGGCCAACGUUCAUUACUAUAGAACUACCAGUAGCCAGUGACAAUCACGUUCUCCCUCUGUAGACACCUAGUAUAGAAGAAGCUCCGUUCCCCUGAUUGUGGCUCUGGAGUUUGUGUGAUACAUUUGUGUUGUCCUUGCGUGGGAUAUGAGCUCUUCCAUUCAGAGUGAUCAGACUGGCCUUUAUGUACCAUGCUCUGCUGGUUGCCGUCCUGGGUCUGAUGGACCUCAUGUUUCCAAAUCCCAUCCUUCUGCACAGCCGCAUCCCCCUUUACAUGGCACCAGUGAUAAGUAAGGAGCACCAGUCAGGAGGUCAGAGGGAUCCACCUCAAAGUGAUUGUCAUUACAAGGUUCUAGAGCAAACCAAUCGGUCUAUUAAUUGGUAUGGAGUCUUUCCAUCCACAUUCCCUCCCAUGUGGACAUCUAUAGGGCUACAAACCAGUUUCCUCCCGGUUUGUGGUGGCUACGUCUCAAUCUGACGGUAAGGGAAACUAGGUUUGAUGGCAUGUGAUUGCCAGCUCUGUAGACCAAGUGCAGGUGUGUGGAGCAGAGGCUUCCAUAUUUAUAGUCUCGGCCCUCUUUCUCGAGUUUGGCGGUGCUUCUCAUCUUGGGGAGGGUGGGGUAUAAGAAGCAACACUUUGUUCAGGGGGUACAGAUAGGUGUGAGUCCCCUAUCACUGCCUGCCUACAGUAAAACAUUGCCACACAAAUCUCAUUCAUGACGUGUGUGAGGCCGGCGUAAUUCUUCACAUCUGUUCCUGCAUCGCCUUAGGGGAUGAGUUGGGGGGGGGGGCUGGGCCCGUGACUGUGCUUCCAUUGUGUGAUGUAUUCUGUAACCGGGAUGUGACAGACGAGACAGCGCAGAGCAGGGAGGAAUGUCACGCGUGUUUCUGCUUAUUUAUCUUGUUUGCUGUGCAGGAGUACACGCGUGUCUGGAAAUAAUCUGAGAACCAUCAGAUCCCGGGGCCUGGUCCACAGCGAGGGCACCCUCUCGUCUAGCUGUCUGAAGUGCCAUGAUUUCUUCCAGUCAGAGCUCAGUGUUUGUAGUGACUGUUUACAGAGACUCGUGUGAGCGGCUGGAGUCAUCCAUUCCUGUCCGGUCUGAGCACCUGAGGCCGGGAGGGGGGAGAAGGUAACGGUCAAGGGUCUAGACAUCUCCUAGAACCUCACCAGCAUGUAAAGGAGCAGAGGUGUAGUAGGGAUCUGGGUGUAGAAAUUCCUUCCGGUCUCAGUCAGGUGUAACAUUGUCUCCACCCUACAAGCGAUGAGAAACGCCAACACUGUGAGUCCCGUCCAGCCGCUCCUUCCCAGGAAAUCAGCGCAAUCAUGCGAGCAACUUCUUGUCAAUAGCUGAAAUAAAUACUUUGUUU